UAGAGCAAAUGGAAAUUGCAAAAUCGAAAUCGCCAGGAGAGUUAUUGAACUGGGAUGAUAUCAACAAGAUGAAAUAUUCUUGGAACGUAGCUUGUGAAGUAAUGAGAAUUGCUCCUCCGCUUCAAGGAGGUUUCAGGGAAGCCAUCAAUGACUUUAUUUUCAAUGGGUUCUCAAUUCCAAAGGGAUGGAAGUUGUAUUGGAGUGCAAAUUCUACACAUAAAAAUCCAGAAUACUUUCCAGAGCCAGAGAAAUUCGAUCCAAGUAGAUUUGAAGGAAAUGGACCUGCACCUUAUACUUUCGUACCAUUUGGUGGGGGACCAAGGAUGUGCCCAGGAAAAGAGUAUGCUAGAUUGGAAAUAUUGGUUUUCAUGCACAACCUAGUGAAGAGGUUCAAGUGGCAAAAACUGAUUCCAGAUGAGAAGAUCAUCGUUGAUCCCUUGCCCAUACCUGCAAAGAACCUCCCAAUUCGUCUUUAUCCUCACGAACCCUGAAAAGAUACAUUUUAUUUGAACCAACACAAUUAAUUGUACUGUGCUAUUUAAUGGACUUAUAAAUAAAAUAAUUACAUAAGUUUUUACCAAA